AUGGAAAAGGACAGCUGCCUGACAGAAGGCACGUCCCCUCCUGGCUGCCAGGCCAAAGCAGCCCAGCACGUCCCCAGCCCGACCAGUGAAGUGCAGAGCAGCUCUAUUACAACAACACCAGCCCACGUGAGACCGGGACACAGAUCGCCAAGGCGGGACGAGAUCCCUCCAGCGGGAGCUGCGGGAACCGUUGCUCGGGACAGAGGCAGAGGCAGCGCGGUGCUCCCGGUGCUCCCGGGGCACGGCAGGGUGUCAGGGGCACGGCAGGGUGACCAGGGACACGGCAGGGUAUCAGGGGCACGGCAGGGUGUCAGGGGCACGGCAGGGUGUCAGGGGCACGGCAGGGUGACCAGGGGCACGGCAGGGUGUCCGGGGGCUCCGGGCGCGCCCUUCCCGGACCGGGAUUGCAGCUCCCGGGAAGGAGCCGCGGCCCCGCCCCUCAGGCCGCACGGCCCCGCCCCCACCCCCGCCCACUGGCCUCGCCCUCAGAGGGAGGCGUGUCCUCCCGGAAAAGCCACGCCCCCUAGGGCCGCGCCCCUGGGGCCGCCGCGCACGCGCCCUCCACGUGUCGCUGCCGAGCCCCUCCCCGCUCUUUGUUUACCCCGCGUGGGGCCGCGCGCCGGCCGAUGGCGUCAGCGCGCCCGGCCCCGCCCCCAGGCCGCGUCCGCUGCGGGAGCCGCCCGCGCCCCUCGGUGUGCCCGGUGCCCAGCCCCGCACACGCUGCUCGCCGCCCGGCUGCCGGCGGGCGCAUGUUCCCGGCCGGGGUCGGCGCGCCGGCGGUGA